AUGUCGCAAAAACAUAAGCCGACUAAAACGUCCUCGAAAGAUGCAGACCAAAAGACCAGAAAGAAAAACUCUCGUAACGAUAAAUACGUCCAUUACGAAGGGGAAGAGCUUCAAGGUGUGCAUAACUACGAAAUCAACUCGGAACAAGGCAGAACCUCGGGCAAUACGUGGACUCGCUAUCCAGGGUACGACAAAAACACCUUCUGCGAGUUCCACCAGACCCGAGGGCACUCGACGACCAACUGCAAAGUCUUGGGGGCGAGGUUGGCCGCAAAGCUACUAGCCGGAGAGCUCUCCGAAGUAACCAGCGUUAAAGAUCUCAUCCUUGAGACCGAUCGUCCUCCAAAGACCGACAAAAAUCCACCCGCAGAAAAUUCUCCUCGGAGAAGUCAAGCGGGGGAUAAACGCGAAAGGAGAUUGGAUGACAAAGGAAACGAUAACAAUCGUCGCAGAGCCUACCAGCGAAAAGCCGAGUCAAGCGCAAAUUGGCCUACAUGGUCCCCUCCCCGAGAUGGUCAAAGUGACUCAAUAACCUUCACUGAAGAGGAAGCCGGCGGAAUCGAUCAACCCCACUGCGAUCCGCUCGUCAUAGAUCUCAUCAUACGAGAUCUGGAGGUCGCAAGAGUCCUCAUCGACACGGGGAGCACGGUUAAUGUUAUCUUCCGCGAUACUCUCAAGAGGAUGAACAUCGAAAUCGGGGAAGUUACCCCAACACCGAAACCAUUGACGAGUUUUUUAGGCGAAACGUCAAUGACUCUCGGAUCGAUCCAGCAACCGGUCAUGGCCAAGGAAGUUACCAAGAUCGUCAACUUCGCGGUAGUCGAUCAUCCCGCCAUCUAUAAUAUGAUCAUGGGAACCCCAUGGCUGAAUGCCAUGAAAGCCGUUCUGUCUACAUACCACAUGGGCGUCAAAUUCCCGACCCAGAGCGGGGUGGCAGCCAUCUGGGGUUGUCAAAAAUAG